AUGGCCAGCAGACGCAACAACAGCUCGCUCCCGGUAGGCUAUGUUGAGGACAAGUCCAAGGGGGCCAUGCUCCGCUUCCAGGACUCGCUGCCCCGGCUCCCGGUGCCCACCCUGGAGGAGACGGCAACGCGCUAUCUUAAGUCGCUGAAGCCGCUGCUGUCGUCGGCCGAGCUCGAGGCCAGCAUCAAGGCCGUCAAGGAGUUCAUCGCCCCCGACGGGCCCGGCCGCAAGCUGCAGGAGAAGCUGCUUGCCCGCCGCGAGGACUCCAAGCACAAGAACUGGCUGUACGAGUGGUGGAACGACGCGGCCUACCUCAGCUACCGCGACCCCGUCGUGCCCUACGUCAGCUACUUCUACUCGCACCGCGAUGACCGCCGCCGCCGCGACCCCGCCACGCGCGCCGCCGCCAUCACCACCGCCACCCUCGAGUUCAAGAAGCAGGUCGACACCGGCUCCCUGGAGCCCGAAUACAUGAAGAAGCUGCCCAUCUGCAUGGACAGCUACAAGUGGAUGUUCAACGCCAGCCGCGUCCCCGCCAAGCCCGCCGACUACCCCGUAAAGUUCGACCCCGCGCAGAACAAGCAUAUCCUGGUCAUCCGCAAGAACCAAUUCUUCAAGGUCGAGCAUGAGGUCGCUGGCAAGCAGCUCAACACGUCGGAACUCGAGCAGGCCUUCCGCCGCGUCUACGAGCUGGCCUCGACGCAGCGCGCCCCGGCCAUCGGCGCCCUGACCUCGGAGAACCGCGACGUCUGGACCGAUGCCCGCGCCGUCCUCCUCAGCGCUGACUCGAUCAACGCCAAGUCACUCGAGGCUAUCGAGUCUGCUUCCUUUGUCGUGUGUCUCGACGACGCCGCGCCUGUGACGCUCGAGGAGCGCGCGCACGCCUACUGGCAUGGCGACGGCCAGAACCGCUGGUUCGACAAGCCGCUGCAGUUCAUCGUCAACGACAACGGCACCUCGGGCUUUAUGGGCGAGCACAGCAUGAUGGACGGCACGCCGACGCACCGGCUCAACGACUUUGUCAACGACGUCAUCUUCAACAGCAAGCUCGAUUUCUCCGACCCGACCGUGCGGUCGAGCUUGCCCGAGCCGCAGGCCGUUAAGUUUGUCGUGACCAAGGAGCUCCAGGCCGAGAUUGACCGCGCCGUGCAAGAUUUCACCGCCGUCAUUGGCCAGCACGAGCUCGCCGUGCAGGCCUACCAGGGCUACGGCAAGGGGCUGAUCAAGAAGUUCCGCUGCUCGCCCGACGCCUACGUGCAGAUGAUCAUCCAGCUGGCCUACUACAAGAUGUACGGCAAGAACCGCCCCACGUACGAGUCGGCCGCCACGCGCCGCUUCCAACAGGGCCGCACCGAGACAUGCCGCUCCGUGUCCGAGGCCAGCGUGGCCUGGUGCAACGCCGUUGCCGACCCUACGGCCGACGACAAGACGCGCAUCGCCCUGUUCCGCAAGGCCAUCGACUCGCACCUUGAGUACAUCACCGCCGCCUCGGACGGCAAGGGCGUCGACCGCCACUUGUUCGGCCUCAAGCGCCUCCUCGAGCCCGGCCAGUCCGUCCCGGCCCUCUACCAGGACCCCGCCUACGCCUACUCGAGCUCGUGGUACCUGUCCACCAGCCAGCUAAGCUCCGAGUUCUUCAACGGCUACGGGUGGAGCCAGGUCAUUGACGGCGGCUUUGGCAUUGCCUACAUGAUUAACGAGAACAGCAUCAACUUCAACAUCGUAUCCAAGGGCCUGGGCAGCAACAAGAUGAGCUUCUACCUCAACGAGGCGGCCGGCGAGAUGCGCGACCUGCUCCUCCCCACCCUCGAGGCCCCCAAUGCCAAGCUCUAG